ACCGCAUUGUUCCGCCUUGGCCGCCUGUAGCGCCAGCGCGGGCCGGGGAGGGCACGUGGGGUGCUGGGCUUCCGGGGCUCCCCUGGCCGCCCUGGCCCUGUGGGCGCGAGGAGAGGCAGGGGCCCCUGCAGGCCCCGGGACGCCACGGUUCGUGGCGCCCGGUGGGGCGUGGGCUCCCGAGGCAGCCCAGAAAGAGGGGUGGUCAGCACCCGCACCUCUGGGAUUCCAAAUCGGGGCCGCGCAGUCUCCUCCGCGAUCGCGGACCCCGAGGCUGGGGGUAGGAGGGAGCUAGGGUGGCUGAUGUGUCGCCUUCCAGGAACCCGGCACUCCGCAAUGAGCGCGGGCCAGCACCGCCUCCCAGCGUCGCUGCGCGCACCCCGGGCCACCCCUGUCUAGUGGGGCCGGGGAGAUGGGGGGCGGCGGGUCGGCCCUGAAGGUCUGCGCCGACCACCGCGGGGGCAUCAACUGGCUGAGCCUGAGCCCCGACGGGCAGCGCCUAUUGACCGGCAGCGAGGACGGCACGGCCCGGCUCUGGAGCACUGCGGACGGCCAGUGUUGCGCGCUCCUGCAAGGACACGAGAGCUAUGUGACUUUCUGCCAACUGGAGGACGAAGCCGCCUUCACCUGCAGUGCUGACUGCACCAUCCGGAGGUGGGAUGUGCGGACAGGCCGGUGCGUGCAGGUGUACCGGGGACACACAUCCAUUGUCAACAGGAUCCUGGUGGCCAACAACCAGCUCUUCAGCAGUUCCUAUGACCGGACUGCCCGGGUCUGGAUUGUGGACAAAGAGCAGGUGUCCCGGGAGUUUCGGGGCCACCGCAACUGUGUCCUGACCUUGGCCUACUCUGCCCCCUGGGACCCUACCUGUGCAGAGGAGGCUGAGGCUGGGGGCUUCCUGGUGACCGGCAGCACAGAUGGCACUGCCAAGGUGUGGCAGGUGGCCAGUGGCUGCUGCCACCAGACGCUGCGAGGCCACACGGGCGCCGUGCUGUGCCUGGUACUGGAUGGUCCUGGCCACACAGUCUUCACGGGCAGCACCGAUGCCACCAUCCGUGCCUGGGACAUCCUGAGUGGGGAGCAGCUACGAGUAUUCCGAGAGCACCAGGGCUCUGUCAUCUGUCUGGAGCUCGCGGAGCGGCUGCUGUACUCGGGCAGUGCUGACCGAACCGUCAAGUGCUGGCUGCCGGACACUGGGCACUGUGUGCGCACCUUCCCCGCCCACCGCCGCAGCGUGAGCGCCCUCAAGUUCCACUCAGGGACCUGGAGCCCAUUCACUUCCGGCCCUGCCAACCCCAGCUGUGGUCAACUCUGCACAACACCCACAUCUCACAGCCCAGCAAGAGGACUCUGCUUGGCCUGUCCCACGUCCCCUCGCAGCUCCUGCCAUUUCUACUCCAGACAGAGGCCCCAAGCACUGCCCAACGCAGACCAGCACCUGAUGGGAGCUACGGACACCUUCGUCCUUCACAUCGGUAAGUUAACAGAAAGGUGACCCAAGCAGUGCUCACAGCAGCCGCUUUUCCAAUGCUGCUGCAUUAGAACCCAGACCUCCCAAGUCCCUGCUUGUCUCGCUGACAUCUGCAGUAAGACCUGGGGGCCAGGCCUGGUGGACAGGCAGGGCAGCCAGAGCUGCAGGAGAAGACGCCCGCAGAGCCCCUUGGCUCCUGCCCAGCCACUGCAGAUCCUGGCCUACAAGGACUAGGCCAGCAAAAGACCUUCCUGCCCAAGGCUGCUUUCCUCAGCAAAAUAGGAAAGAGGACACACGAGAGGAUUCUAGAGAGUCCUCUGGUUGGAAUUCACAGCUCGGAAAUACCUGAGAAUCUGUGCUGGAGAGGAGAAAAGCAGCUCAUGGAUACCACCCCACCAUUAGCUCUGUUUGGGUCUCAGGUCCUUCGCAGGACAGCUAACACACUGGGUGUAAGACUCCUCCCAGCUCCACAAUCCUGAAGCUUCCUCUAAUGCACUGGUGUGACAUAAUUGUGUUUUUCACCUGUGCUUUCCUGACACAAUCCUCCUUGUUUCUACGGUUCAACUGUUCCUAGGUGAGAAUGCAUGCCCAGUUCACUUCCAUGCAGUGUCCCCGUGACACAACACAGCUCCCUCCCUCCAGAAUGGUUUCUGGGAAUACAGAACGCAGGGUCAAGGGAGAGGGAGAGCGAGAAUGAGGAGACUGCGAACACAGCCUCCGCCAAGCAGGAAGCUGUGCUCCCUGCACACUGAUCUCCUUCCUUACUGACCUGGAGGAACAGUGCCUCGUCAUGACCACCUCUAAUGGGACUCUCUUCCGUGUCCUUCCACACCCAGGGAGCUGGGCCCUUGGAAGGUGAGUGUGCCGCCCCACCCAUCCCUCCCGUGGCCUCAGAGGCACAGGCGGGCCGUGGGAGCUACCUCUCUGCGGUUGGAGAUGUGGAUUGCUGCAUGAUCCACGUUGCCGUCACAGGCCCGCAGGGCCAGCCGGGCUUCCUGGGGUGUGAACCCCAGCUGCAUGAGGCUGUGCACUUUUGAGGGGUCAAUAUGCAGCUCCUUGAAAAGCAGCCGUGCCUACAGACAAGGAGAAAGUAGGAAUUGGGUAGCUGGAACAAUGCUAGAACAAACAAAGUGGAAGCCUAAAAGAAUUUGAGUGUACGCAGUGUAUGACUGCAUGUCAGAUUUUAGAGGAGAAACUCCACCUCUAACCUACCUACUAUCACUUAGUAUGAACAGGAACUGCCCGGUUUAUGCCUACAGUUUAUCCACAAUGCACCCUGAGCAAACAGGCUGGGAGCUGCAGAUGUGGUGGAUCCAUGACCCCCUCUGGCUGGUAAAAUUCCCUCGAGCCAAGGUGCACAGCUGAGGGCAGGGGCACUUCCAGUGCCCCCCGCACCAUUCUGCUGGUGGCAGAGGCACUGACAAGCAGGUCGCCCAUGGGAGCUGCUUCUCUGGCCUGGACUGUCACCUCUAGGCAACAUGACAGGACAGAAACUGCUGUCCAAUUAAAGUCACUGUGUUUUUCAAGUGUUCUCAUCACAGCACCUGCUUGGGCCUCAAGAAAUACAAGUGUGCUCAUGGUAUCCAAGAGGGAGACAUGGGAAAGAGGCAGGUUCUCAUCCAUAAGACACCAACCGCUGACCUCAUACAGCACUUGAAAAUGAAAAGAAGAAACAAAAUGACAAAGGUCACUAUACAUUCUCCUUACCUUAUCAAGAUACUCACGGGCCUCUUCUCCGUUUCCGCUGUGAUAGUUUCGGAUCCCCUGAAGCAAGUAAAGCCUUAAAAACAACACCUUCUCCUUCCCACAGUUUCCCUAAAGUUAUGGGGGAAAGGAUAAAACUGUCUUACUUCUCACUGCAGUGCGUAACCCUCGCAUCCUCCAUCCCCAAAGGGGCAGAUGGCACCGCAGACCGCAUGUGACAUUACUACUGCUGAUCGAAAAGGGGAAGCCCCUAAGCACACAGGAGGGAGACAGGGCUGGCACACUCAGCGUUUCCAGGCUACCAGGAAGAACACACAAGUGCACACCAGGCAGGAGACAUCCCACAGUGGAAGAACCUGAGGACUGUGUGUGAUUCAAGCGAGCUGCCGGCCUUCAGGCUCCUGCGCUCUGCAUCUGUGCCCUGCAGAUAUGACUGAAUGCAAGUAGUCCGGCUGUCUCCUGUCCAAGGAGACUGAAGUUGGGGUCUAGACUAGAAAACUGUGCUCCUCGGCAGCCCCACUGAGUGCUUUGUCUGGGUGGUAAAGGGACUGGGUAGCUGGAACAAUGCUAGAGUGUCACAAGUGGAAGCCUAAAAGAAUUUGAGUGUGAGAGAGAACCCUGCAUGCUACCAGCAGAAUAAAGUCACCUCUGCAGCACACUAGAUACAUUAAUGGAGAUCAACACAAGGAUUAGAAACAGGCCUAAUGAUACCCAGGUUAUGGUAACAUACUUUUAUGUGGACCAGCCGCUGAUGAUUUUCUCCGUAACAAUUUUUCAAGCAUUUCUGGGCCAAGCCAAGCUUUUUUUCUGCAUCAUCAAGGCACUCUAGUUGCUCCAGGCGGAAGUAGCACCACACAAUGUCCAGCUGGAGCACGGCAUAGUUAUCCACAGUAUCCAGGAGCUCUCGGCCACACUCACUGCAAGGACAGGAGACCACAACACUGCUGAACCACCUUAGACCUUAUUAAAGUGAAUUCCAGGAAAUCUUUCCCAGUUCCUGGCGUAUUUUCAAAGACUGUUGGAAAACAGAGAUCCAAUGUUUAUGACAGGAGCUGAUUUAUACAAUGAAUGUUUCCAGGAUACACACAUGUGUGUACACAUAAGCACACAUAAGUACCGCUUUCUAGGCCUAAAGUGCCUAGCAAAAGGCAGAAUCCAGGGCUGUUAUGUCAGCACCCCCUGCACACAUGGAGACAAAGCUUUAACCCAGUGUCCUGCACCUCUGACCACAGGUCAGCCUCGCCUACACACAAGGAUUCCCAAUCUAUCUGCUCCCUCCUCUUUUCUUCUGGAAAUACUGAUGCAGGGAACCCUCUCAACCCACGGAUGGCGGGAUGGUGGGUCUUGAGGUAGUGGAUGUUUUACCAUAUUUUGACCUGCCCAGGUGACUAACAUGUAGGAACUGUUCAAAGCCAUCCCAAUGACCACAUCCUGGAGUGCCUCAGCUGCUGACACUGCUGGAAAACCCACAUAUGGGCUGGGAGGAUGCACAACUGGAAAACACCCAGUCCUGAUAUCUAGUUGCCUCCUGAAGCACCACAUGCAGCCUGAAGGGUCCUCUGCAGCUGGACCACUGGACUGAGCCCAAAAGAGAAAGACCAGACGAUAAGCAGAAGAAAACAGGAGAAGACAGCCACCAAGGUCACCUCUUUGGACUCUAAGUUGUGAUUAUGCUAACACUCCUGAUAGAAAUCUAGGUCUCAAUUCUUCCCCUGAAACCAUGCCAUAACAAGUGACAAAAGUUUUCUCUGUUUUCAUCAGUAUUCUACUAAAACAAGGCUGUUCAACAUCCUGUACUGCGUGUCAAGGUAUGCUCUGCAAGGAGAAAACUAAAUGGAAUCUCAUUUGUCAUUUAUCAUUUAAUGCAAAUGUCAGUGCCUGCCUGGCAAGCGCAAGGCCCUGAGUUGAUUCCAGGUACCAAAAUAAAAACAAAAAAACCACAAAAGCCCACACAGUGGUCUCCUGAGGAGAGCCUGGAUAUAGUCCAACCAAGUUGGAGCAAUAAAGACACAAGAACAGUGA